ACCUGUCCCACCCAUAAUCUGGCCCCGCCUCUCCCGCCUUGCCCCGCCUGCCGCCACCUAUCUCCUGGCCCCCACAACGGCCUGGACACGCCCCCUUAGUCAGACGGUCCCACCCAUCUUCCUGGACACGCCUACUCCCACGGUCCCGCCCCUAGAGCCACCCUACCUCGCAUCUGGCCACGCCCCGACACGGCGACCACGCCUGCGUUUAGGCCCGCCCAUAAGGCCCUAGCCCCGCCCCCCAGGCCACUUGGUGACCUCUGCUGUGAGGCACCACUGGGCUCUUCUGCUCUCAGCAGGACCCUGGGACUUGCGUCUGACGAAAGUGCCAGGCUCUUGAGGGUGGAGGGCCCUUUGGUGGAGCCCUCAACCGAGCUGGUUUCUGUGACUGUAAACCAGGACGGACAGGCACUCAGUGCAGGGCACAGUCCACGUCACUGUGGGCCUGACACACCCCAUAUUGCCUUCCAAGGUCCCCACCUCGGGCCACAGGCUUGGUUCUGACCCGAGACCGCAAUUCAGGAGCAUUUUCUGCAGGGGAGUUGACUAUACCGGCCAACCGCAAUUCGGAGUCAAACCCAGAGCUCUGUGAGUGUGGAUGCCCCAGCGCGGCUUCUGUGGCUGUGGGUGAGAGGGCAGCGCGCCCCACCAGGUGACCUGCAGGAGUAGCCAGGGACACGGGAGGCCCAAGCCUGCCAGCCCUGGCGAGCCACGCACCCCGCCGUCCCCCACCAGAGUCUUUCUGCAGAGGUCCCUGAUGUCACACUGGCCAACUGUGACAGCUUACCUUGGGGAUGCUCCGCAGCCCACCCAGCUUCACUUCCGCAGGGACACAAGCAGGACAGGAUGAACAGUUCCCUGGACUACCUGGCCUACCCCGUGAUCGUCUCCAACCACAGGCAGACCACUGCCUUCAGGAAAAAGCUGGACCUGGGCCACUACCUCUCUCACCGCAUCCGGCUCCAGACAGCAAAGCCCGCUGUGGACACCAAGCCUCCCAUGGCCCACACGCAUCUUGUUUUAAAGCUGAGCAAACUGCAGUGGGAGCAGAACAAAAUCGACAAGAUCGAGUUCGAGAACAAGCAGCUGUGCGCGAAGAUCGCCAGCGCGCACCGCGGCCCUGCGCGGGUGGACUGCUGGAACGCCUACUUCUCCAAGAGUUUAAACAGAGAAAUGCGAAACCGAGAGCUCAUGCGCAUCACCCUGGAAAAUCAAGCCAUCCUGAGGCGGCUGGGCGACCGCAAGUCCCACUACGAGCGAAAGGUGACUGAGAUCGACUGGCAGAACUCGAGGCGCUAUAUCCGGAAUACGACCAGGUACCUGGUCUCCCAGGAUGAGUAGGUCAGUCACUGGAGACAAGACAAUGGCAGAGGCUUUGGGCCACUCCGAGUUCCAAGACCCUUGCUCUAGAGUGAGAGAGCCUGCGGCCUCAGGAUGCCAUAAUAAAGCUGGGCCAUUGGUGGGCA